UGACGUCACUCGUCGUGUCACCAUGGCUCCCGUGGCCAAUCCGGAAGUGUAACCGUGACAGCUCUGCGGCUGGAGGAUCGGUACCGUGACCGGUGUGGAACCCCGGGAGUGCAGUGCCCGCGGCUGGCCAUAGGGCGGCGCUGCUUGUGGUGACCGGUUGGGGUUUCAUUCAUGCAAUGGAUUUUUCAAGGUUUCUUGCGGAAGACUUUGAGGUUAAAGAAUGGGUUAAUACAGCCUUUAAAUCUGUCCAGAAGGAUGCCCCAGGGAAGGUGGAUGCCCAUGCUGCAACCUUGGUCAUGAAACUGCAACUAUUCAUCCAGGAGGUGAACAAUUCUGUGGAAGAGACCAGCCACCAGGCCUUGCAGAAUAUGCCCCGUGUGCUACGAGAUGUGGAAGCUCUACGGCAGGAAGCUGCAUUCCUGAAAGAACAAAUGAUCCUCGUGAAAGAAGACAUCAAGAAGUUUGAGCAAGAUACUGCCCAGUCUAUGCAGGUGCUGGUAGAAAUGGAUAAAGUAAAGUCACGUAUGCAGCUGGCAGCGGAGUCCCUGCAGGAAGCUGAUAAGUGGAGCACUUUAAGCGCCGACAUAGAAGAAACCUUUAAAACUCAGAACAUCACCUUGAUCUCAGGAAAGUUGACAAGUAUGCAAGUGAGUCUCACGAUGCUUGUAGAUACACCCGACUACUCAGAAAAAUGUGUCUAUCUGGAAGCCUUAAAAAAUCGUCUGGAGGCCAUGUGCAGUACUCAGAUUGUGGGAGCUUUCAACAGCCUGGCAGUUGAUCAGGCCAAGAUGUUUGUUAAGGUGUUCAGCGAGAUCGACCGGAUGCCUCAGCUACUGGCGUAUUACUACAAGUGUCACAAGGUGCAGUUGGUGGCUAUAUGGCAGGAGGUGUGCCAGACUGAGAUGCCCCUGGAUCGUCAGCUGACAGAAUUCUACGAUACAUUGCUGAGCACAUGGCAUUCUCAGCUGCAGUGGGUCUCUCAGGUCUUUAAAAAGCCUCAUGAAGUGGUGACGGUUCUUCUGAUCCAGACGCUUGGUGCCAUGGUCCCGUCUAUUCCUGUAUGUCUUGGCACUGCCAUGGAAAGAGCAGGUCCAGAGAUCAAGCUUAGCACACUCCUUGAGCUUUACCAGUCUACGGUCCACUUUGCGAAGGCACUGGAGAGUGCGGUUCUGCCCAGUAUCGGUGAGCACAAUUUGGUGAAGAUGAUGGAACUGGUGGAAUGUGUAUAUGGACCAUACAAACCUUUCCAGUUGAAGUAUGGGGAGCUAGAAGAAGCCCAUCUCUUGAUACAGAUUAGUGCAAUACCUCUGGAGCAUGGGGAGGUUCUGGAUUGCGUCCAAGAACUGUCCCAGUCUGUGUCCCGGCUCUUCAGCCUUGCCUCCGGGGCAGUGGAGCGAUGCAUCCAAUUAUCGGAUGGUUUAGGGGUGUGCGGACUCCUACGUGCUCUCCAGUCACUCUUUAAAAAGUACGUUUCAGACUUCACAAACACACUACAGUCUAUACGAAAAAAAUGCAAGCUGGACAGCCUUCCUGCAGACUCCUUUUUCCAUGAAGACUGGACGGCGUUUCAGAACUCAGUACGGAUUAUUGCCACCUGCGGGGAGCUGUUACGCCAAUGUGGAGACUUCGAGCAACAAUUGGCAAGCCGGAUUUUGGCAACGGCUGGUAAAUAUUUGUCAGAUUCCUACAGCCCUCGUAGCUUGACGUGCAUUCAGGAGACGAGCGCCCCCGAUCGCAAGAGCAGUAAGAACCCAUGGCAAGAGUACAACUACCUCCAGAAAGGGGACCCAGCGGAGUAUGCCAGCCUGAUGGAGACUUUAUACACCAUAAAGGAAAAAGGAGCAGUGAGCACUAGUCUUCUUGCAGCUUCACGCACGGCACUUACUCGCCAGAACCAAAUGGCUCAUCAGUUAGCGUUUGAUUCCGUCUUCCUGCGUAUAAAACAACAGCUUCUCCUUGUCACCAAGAUGGAGAGUUGGAGCUAUGAAGGCUCAGGUGAGACGCUGACCGAUGACUUGCCAACAUUCAGCCUUACUCCUUUCGAGUAUAUCAGUAAUAUAGGGCAGUAUCUUAUGUCUCUUCCUCUACACCUUGAACCCUUUGUCACACCUGAAGACAAUACAUUGGAACUUGCGUUGCAUGCUGGGAAACUGCCAUACCCUCCUGAGCAAGGAGAGGAAACUCCAGAACUGGAUAACAUGGCUGAUUACUGGUUGGGAUCUCUUGCCCGUGCUACCAUGCAAACAUACAGUGAUGUCAUCCUGCAGAUCCCAGCACUCACGCUGCACUCCAGCAAGCAGCUGGCCACUGAUAUAGAUUAUCUGAUCAAUGUGAUGGACGCCCUUGGUUUACAACCUACCCGGACUCUGCAACACAUUGUUACCCUCCUUAAAACCAAGCCAGAAGACUUUAGGCAGAUUGCCAAGACCAUUCCCCGCAAGCUUUCUUCUUCGGUGGCUGCCAUGAGGAACAUUGAGUACUGAGCCAACGUAAUUAAAUUUUUUAACAAACUUCUCCAUGAUGCUGUUCAGACCUGGAAAUCUUUGCAGUUUCAAUUAUCCACAGAGUCCUGAGACCUCUUGAUCACUCACGGCAUAUUGACCAAGGACAGAUGGAAGACCAUGACUGAGAGUGACCUACUGCCUAAACGGCUGUAAUAAGAUAAUGUAUAUUGUUUUUACUCUUCAGUGUGUUAAACACAUUGUAGCUUGUUCAUACACAAAAUAUUAAAACUUUCUUUAAAACUA